AUGAACAAAAAAGAAGAUCUUACUCAGCAGAACACAUCUGAAAGUGACAAUGAUGAAGUUGAUGGCAACAAUAUAUGUGGUUUCAGAAGGAAAAAAGGAGUCAAAGGUCCUACGAAGUAUGUUCCUUCUUUAGAAAAUGAGAAGAUGGAGCUGUCCCACACCUCAAAAAUCCCAGAACCUUGUCCCCUUCGAGCAACCACUUAUUGCUCAGAACCACCAUCAGACCAGCCUCUUCAAAACCCGACUAGCUUUCCUCCAGUACAAAAGGACAGAGCGGGUCGUGACAGCUCCCAUAGUGGCAGCGGUGUGAAAGAAGACAUGUCUGGAGAAACACGAGAAAUCCAGGAAAAUGCUGACACUGGGAAAAGAGUAAUAGGAAAGAUGCACGAGGAAAUAGAUACACCAGCUAAAACGGAGCUGCCCAUGGGUGUGCAACCCGCGAGGAGCGCAAGGAAAGCUGGCUGCGCAGAGGCAGCAGGCAGGGGAGAUGGCAGUGAGAAGGCAGAGAGUAAGCAAGAAGAACAGGGUGAGAUGGCAGAAAAAGAUGUCAAGUUUCACAUGACAAAGGCGGGCUCCCUGGGCAGUACUGUAACCACACAAGGAAGCAGUACUGCAGAGUCCUUCACAGGGGCACCUGACAUUUCUAAACGAAGUUUGCAAGAGUUGAAGAACCUGCUGAGUGAAGGUCCUCUGCCUGAUUAUGGGCCCAGUUACAGUGGCAAGGUGGGUGGCACUUUUUCUCAGAAAAAUUCGAAGCCCCGGGAGAAAACAGCUGACAAGCAGGGCCGAUCCUUUGAGACUUUUAGUCCCCAUUUUGGAGAGGAGAAUCGAAAGUACCACAGCUUCCACAAGGAGGGAGUUGGGCAGCAGAGCAAACCUCUUCUAGUCCUCAGCUCUGCUGGGUCUGAUCAGCAGCAACCAGCGGGAAGCGACAUGGAUCAACUUGUUCUGAGACUACCGGCAUCUUCUACACAUGCAGAAAGCACGGCUCCCGAGAUCCAGUUUGACUCCUCCGCAGGCCAUGCCGAGUCCAGCAGAGAGCCUGAUGCAAACAGCCUUGGAAGUCCAACUCUCCUUCACCUGUUCUCUCAUAUUGAAUUUAUUAAGCAGCAGAUGGCCAGGGACAACGUACAGUUUGUCAGAUUUGAAUCAAUAGACCUCCAUGGUGUGUCAAGAUCAAAGAAUGUUCCUUCUCGCUUUUUUCAC